GCCGCGAUGGAGACGCGGCUGUCCGGCUGGUGGUUGUCGUGGGGCGGCUGCGCGCUCCUCCUGCUCGCGUGCCUGGCUGUGGAGCACGGGCCAAAGUGUGGUGUGGACCAAUACGAGCAGCACGAAAGGUGCUGCAAGAAAUGCCCACCAGGCCAGAAGGUGGAGACGGAGUGUUCUGGGGAGUCUGACACCGUUUGCCAGGACUGUGAGAGCGGCCGCUUCCAGGCCGGCUGGACGAAGGCGAUGCAGUGCACGCCGCAUGCCGACUGCCACCAGUAUGCCGGGUUGGUUGUUCACAUGGGCGGGAAUGCCCAGCGGAACGUCGUGUGCCGCUGCCGGAACGGGACCCAUUGCUACGGCCAGGAGUGCGAAAGCUGCCAGCCCAACAGCGCCUGUGGGCCGGGCGAAGGGGUCCGACAGGAAGCCAACCAUGUGAAUGACACUGUCUGUGUUGAAUGUGCUGAUGGCUUCUUCUCAAACGUCUCUUCUGCCACGGCUCGGUGCCAAGCAUGGAGCAGCUGUGAGGAAAAAAAUCUUAUCCAGAAGACAAAGGGGACACGGACAUCGGAUGUCUUUUGUAGUGAAGAAGCCAGGAGGACCCACUCACUGGCCCUACUGCUGCUGCUGCUGCUCCCUCUUGCUGUGCUCGUGGUGGGCGCUGCUGUUUUUGCUCUCCGAAAGAGGAGAGACAUGGAUCACCAGCAUGUGCAUCAGAACGAGGACAAGCAGCCGGCUGAGGAGGACGACGAGGAGUGCUCUGCCUCGCCCAUACAGGAGACGCUGCUGGGGGGGCAGCCGGUGGCCCAGGAAGACGGCAAGGACAGCCGCUUAGCCCAGCAGGAGCAGGUCUGACGCUUGCACAGACAACCAGGGGCCUCCUUCCACAGCCGCCAGAGCCUGCCUGCACCAGUUUCUACCGCUGAGGGACUCUGGACCCUUCCACGUGCACAGCUCCCCCUCUCCUCCAGGGCCGCCUCCAAAGUCUGCCACUCCCAGCGUGGGAGGCGGGCCCAAGGGUGGAUUCCUGCACUGAGCAGGGGGCUGGACUCGAUGGCCUUGUAGGCCCCUUCCAACUCUGCGAUUCUAGGAUUCUAGGAUUCUAAGGCUGGGUGGACAGAGUGGCCCUAAAUGCCAUAGAAGGAACAGAGGGGGGGGGGGGGCGGCAUUUGUGCCCUGCUGGGUCCUCUCCUCCUCCUGGGGGUCGCAGGCAGCAUCUUAGCAGCAGGCCCUGCUGGGCACUCUGACCCGUUCACACGACCACCACAGCUUAAACAAGCCACAGGGCGCGUCCCUCUUGUCGCCUGGUGCCACGGCUUGUUUGAGGGGGAAACAACUCUCAAAUAACCCAUUGAGAUGAGCAACAGAUGCAGCCAGGAAGGGCUUCCUGAAGUAGCAUGAGGAUGAAGAGGCUUCCUCGGUUCCCUGGUGGUCCUAAGAUCUCUGUCCAGCAAGUGGCUUUUGUGCUGCAGGUGACUGUAGGUCUGUCUCCGUGUCCAUCAAUCUGUGCCUGGGCUGAGCUUCGCAGCCGGGUCCCUGAUCCUUGGUCUGGAGUUAGUAGAAGAUUCGCCAGGCAGUUCCAUGCUGUUCCUUCCUCCUGGGGGGGUGGAGGGAUGGGAGGCAGAGGAGAGUCCUGCCACUGACGACUCAAAAGGAGAGCACUGAAGCUAGGUGCCACCGCAGGCACCUCUGGGCCAAUGUCCCCUCGCCCACAGGGUCACUCUGAGGCCUCCAGGAAGCCCACAUGCAGGUCAGGAAGGGGGCCAAGACCCCCCUCAUUUUUAUUUCCCUAGCAACUGGUGCUUUUGCAGUAUUCUGGAGCUUCCGUGGUGCCUCCUGGCCUUUAAAGCCUUUGAUAGUCUCCCCCCACCCUGCCCCCAUCAUCAAAUCUGUCUAACCCCCUGAAAACGGACGUUUGCUAUAGAUCUUAUGUAGUCGUGUAAGAGUGCAAGGGAUAACCUGCCUGCCUAAUGUGAAAACUGGGGCAACUAUUACAGGUUAGAACCAACAUUUGGCCAUGUUCAUGUCCUUGGCUGCAUUUCUGUGUUGUGUUUUGAAUAAAUAUAUAUUUUUUAUUUUUGUUAA